AUGCAUUUUGCUAUCUAUCUCUCUAUAGUAGAAAAGAGGAAACACACAAACAAAACAAUAGUAGAAAAGAAUAAUUAAGUAAAGGAAAGAAGUCUCUCUUUUGAUCUCUUCCACUUAUAUCUCUCAUCUUCAAAUUAAUUAAGAAGCAGGAGAUAGAUCUCUUCCUCAGGUUUGUCCUCUUUGCCUCACCAUUUCUGUGCAACAUCCACCAUCACGAUCACCAUCAAUCUUCUGAAUCCAUCUUUCUGUAGCAGCGCUACCUCAAUAAUACUAGGAAGUAUCUAAGUCAUCUCUCUGUCUCUCUCUUUUAACUAUUUUGUAAGCCAAGAAGUUAGAUCCAUCCACUCCAUCUUACUUACAAAGUACUAAAACUUAAUUUAUGCUGCCCUAAAUAUUUCAAUAUCCAGAAAAGAACCUAAUCUCUCGAACCCUAGUUUAGAUAUUUUAUUAGAAAAAAUAUGGAUUUGAUUUCUAAAAAUCACAAGAACAAGUACCCUAAUACCACUACCACUAGCCGCUACGAGAACCAGAAACGCCGUGAUUGGAACACUUUCUGCCAAUACCUCAGAAACCAUUGUCCAACGCUCUCUCUAACGUCAUGCAGCGGCGCACACGUCAUAGAAUUUCUGCGUUACCUUGACCAGUUUGGGAAAACCAAAGUCCACAACCAAAACUGCGCCUUCUUUGGCCUCCCAGAUCCUCCGGAGCCUUGUCCUUGUCCUCUCCGACAAGCUUGGGGCUCACUUGACGCUCUUAUCGGUCGUCUCCGUGCCGCCUACGAGGAGAAUGGUGGAGCUCCCGAGAUCAGCCCUUUUGGCUCAAGUUCAGUCAGGAUUUUCCUAAGAGAGGUUAGAGAUUUUCAGGCUAAAGCACGUGGCGUUAGCUACGAGAAGAAGAGGAAAAGGGUCAAUAACAAGCAAAUAACCCAAUCGUGUUUGCAGCCGCCUCAACAUACAGCCGCACUGGCGCAAGGUCAGCCUAUGAUGGCUAAGUAUCACCACAGUGAAACUUAAUGAUGUCAUAUAACUUCGACAAAUAAGUACGCUCGUAUCAUCUGUAGCUAUUUAUACGCACCAGCCUUUGUAUUUGUAUAAUGUAAUAUCCCUACUUUACUCCAUCUACCGUUAUCUAUUGUUAUUAGACUAUCAUUUUGUCCUUUUAUAACCAAAAAAUGGAAUAAGCUUGGAUUAUUGUAUCUGGUCUUAACGUAUGAACUUAGAUUAUAUACGAGUAUUUUAAUUA